AUGGCCACGUUCGUCCCGCGCCAGAUGUAUCCGCACCUGGGUUCCAUUCCUAGAUCCUACUACCUAGGCCAUCAUGCCGCCGGGCUGUCGAAAAUGAAAUCCAUGGUGUCGCAGAUCGACCUCGUCAUCGAGUGCCGUGACUAUCGCACACCCAUUGUGUCCCGCAAUCCCAUGUUCGAAGCGAAUCUGGGCGAGCGUCCACGGUUGAUCGUCUACACCAAGCAGGACCUGGGGAGCAAUCUCACGAACGAGGACAAGCAGAGAGAGCAGAUCAUCCAGAAAUGGGACGCCCCCUCGAUAUCUUUCUUCACGGACAUCAAGGCUCGCGCCACGAUCAGCAAAGUCCUCGACUUCGCCCGCGCCCACGCCAACGCAUCAACCUCUCUAUUCGGCACUCGCCUCAUGGUCGUGGGGAUGCCUAACGUGGGCAAGUCGUCUCUUCUCAACGCGCUCCGCAACGUCAGCUUGGGGAAGAAGAAAGCUGCGCGGACGGGCGAUCAGCCUGGGGUGACGAGGAAGAUCGGGAGCGACGUGAAGAUCAUAGAGGCCGAGGAUGGUCGGGAGGCCGUCUACGUGCUCGACACCCCCGGCGUGUUUGUGCCCUAUGUCCCGGAUGCGGAGAGUAUGCUCAAGCUGGCCCUGUGCGGGAGUGUCAAGGAUACCAUCAUCCCGCCGACAACCAUUGCGGAUUAUCUUCUGUACCACCUCAAUCUUCGGGACCCAAAACUGUAUAAUAUGUUCUGGGAGCCUAGUAACGAUAUCUUCGCUGUGCUGGAGGGUCUCGCACGGAAGCAGGGCCGCUUGAAGAAGGGCGGACUCCCGGACUUUGAAUCCUCGGCUCUGCAAUUUGUUCAACGGUGGAGGAGCGGCCAGAUGGGCCGAUUCAUCUUGGACGACGUGACGGAGGAUGCCCUGGCCGAAAGGACUCAACAGCUGGAGUUGCUGGGUGGGAGCAUGAACCAGGCCCGCAAGGCAGCCAAGCAACUUCGAAAGGAGGCAUACGUGGCCGAAGGAUGA